AUAGUCGCGAGCUGCGAAUCAAAACAGUACGCCGCCUACUGUCACAAGGCCAACUAGAGGUUAUUAACUCCGUGCUAGUAUAUCUCAUAAUAAUAUUAUAAAUGUACUGCUAAAACAAGACUGAUUUGUAUAAUCAUGUUUUAAUUUAUUCGUGAAGUGUUAGAAUAUUAACAACCAAGUGAAUGUACCAGUAAUAAGUACUUCGACGGGAACUCGUAAACAACUGAUAACAACAAGGUAUUAUACAGCUUUUGAUCUAAGAGAAACUUGCUUUAUAAUGGCUGUAACUUUUAAUAAAUUUACGAAAUUGUGGACGUCUGCCUACAACAAUAAUAUAAGGGCGCUAUCGACGACAUACUCUAACAAAGCUAAAGUAAGUUUCAAUUGGGAGGAUCCUUUGAACUUGGAAACUGAAUUGCUUGACGAUGAAAAGGCAGUUCGUGAUUCUGUUAAAAGUUAUUGUCAUGAAAAACUGAUGACCAGAAUUAUAGAGGCAAAUAGAAAGGAAAUUUUUGAUAGAGAGAUCUAUAAAGAAAUGGGGGAGCUAGGUAUCCUUGGGUGUACUAUCAAAGGCUAUGAAUGCGCAGGAGUCUCGAACGUUACAUAUGGAUUAAUUACAAAGGAAUUAGAUGGUGUUGACUCGUCAUAUAGGUCGGCAAUGAGUGUUCAAAGCAGCUUAGCCAUGGGUGCUAUUUACAUGUAUGGCUCAGAAGAACAAAAGCAAAAAUAUCUACCCAGAAUGGCGAAAGGAGAGUUGGUCGGUUGCUUUGGGUUAACCGAACCGAAUUUCGGGAGUGACGCUGGUGGUAUGGUCACCAAGGCAAAGUACGACUCAAAAACAAAAACCUAUAUCUUAUCUGGAUCAAAAACGUGGAUAACUAACUCGCCGAUCGCAGAUAUACUUAUAAUAUGGGCUAAAAAUGAAGAGGAAAAGGUAAGAGGUUUUAUAGUUGAGAGAGCCCAAGUAAAAAAAGGUUUAGAUACACCAAAAAUCAACGGUAAAUUCUCCCUGCGAGCCUCAGCUACGGGCAUGAUAUUGCUCGACGAAGUGGCUAUCCCGGAGGAGAAUUUAUUGCCAAACGUCGUAGGAAUUAGAGGGCCUUUUGGAUGUCUCAAUAAUGCUCGGUAUGGGAUCGCUUGGGGCGUACUCGGUGCCGCCGAAACGUGUUUGCGGAUCGCUAGGCAGUACACAUUAGAUAGGAAACAAUUUGGAAGACCGCUCGCUUCGAAUCAGCUGAUACAGAAAAAAAUGGCUGAUAUGUUGACAGAGAUAAGCCUCGGUUUGCAGGCGUGCUUACACGUGGGACGUUUGAAAGAUAAAAAUUUGGCAGCUCAUGAGAUGGUGUCGCUAUUGAAGCGUAAUAAUUGUGGCAAGGCGUUAGAAAUUGCGAGAAUCGCGAGAGACAUGCUCGGAGGGAACGGUGUGUCGGAUGAAUAUCAUAUUAUUCGACAUGUCAUGAACCUCGAGGCAGUCAACACUUACGAAGGAACACAUGAUAUUCACGCAUUAAUUUUGGGUAGGGCCAUUACUGGGAUAGCUUCUUUUUAAAUAUAGUAACAUUUUAUAAGGUUAUUUUUUUAUGUCGCUUUUUGCAUUUUAAUUUGAUAUAAAUG